UUGCUGGCGCGUUGGGUCACUUGGGCAGCCGCCCAGCGUUGCGGCAGUAGAGUUCCGUCAGCAUGUCGCAACAGAAGCAAAAAUCGCAGGAGUCCAAUCCGAACGCCAGGUGGCGCCUGGAAGGACACCACAGGAGUGCGAUAGCCUGCUUCUUCGGUGAACUGGUGGCGACUGCCGUCUUCGUUUUCAUAGCCUGCAUGGGCUGUGUGGAAACGCCCCUGUUCCAGAACUCGCACUUCCGCAGUGGCCUCACCUUCGGCCUGGCCAUCCUCAUCGCCAUCCAGUGCUUCGGCUCCGUUUCCGGUGCCCACUUGAAUCCGGCCAUCACCCUGGCUGCCUGGCUGUACGGCGCCAUCGGUUGGAUCCGGGCCAUCGCUUACUUCGUGGCCCAGGCUGCCGGAGCCCUGAUAGGCUAUGGUCUCCUGGUGGCUGUUCUGCCCGGGAACUCCAUCAAGGGAGUGGACAACCCGGCGGGUGUUUGUGUGACAGUUCUGGCCCCCGGAAUCAGCGUACUUCAGGGGGUCUUCAUCGAGUUCCUCAUUACCUGCUGCCUGGUCAUGGUGGCCUGUUCGGUGUGGGAUCCACGGAAUGCCAAGCUGAAGGACUCUGUGCCCGUGAGAUUCGGCCUCACCGUCUCCUGUCUGAUCCUCACAGCGGGUCUCUUCACGGGAGCCAGCAUGAAUCCGACCAGGUCCCUGGGUCCAGCUGUUUGGAACGACUCCUGGGCACACCACUGGAUCUACUGGGUGGGUCCCUUGGUGGCAGGAGCUGUGACCUCGCUGAUCUAUCGCAUGGCCUUCAAGGGCGACGAGGAGAUCGAUCUGAGAACUUCCGAUGCCAAGAUACGAAUGAUCGGAGAGGUUAUAGUGCAAUAGGUGUGAAUCGAAUCUUAACGAAUAAACUAUAUAUAUACGAAUAUGUUGUAAUAAUAGAGCCACAAAAUAUUUAGGUCGAUUAAGUAAUUAAGCACCACUUGUAUUAUUUCCAUAGCAUAAAAUUGGGAUGAG